AUGCAUCGAACGAUUGAAGAAGAUUUACAAGCGACCAAGAACUCGCAUGAAAACGAUAAUCAACAGCCAUUUUAUUUAUCACAAGAGAAACAUCAACAAAUAAAAGCAGCUCUCUAUUAUGAAACCGAUCAUUCAUUAACAUCGUGCAGGCCAUCUUCUCCUCCAGCGAUACUUCGACACGACAGCGAUGAACAAACGAAAAGUAUCGAACAUUUUUCUCCAGUAUUAACUGAUACCAUGCCUACGGCAACGAAAAUACAAUCGUCAGCGUCUACUCAUAUCACUUCAUGUCCAUCACGUUCGAGCACCAUUUAUAUCGAUGAGAUGCAUACAGCCCAACAAGAAGUGGAAAAACGUGAAUUAAACACAUUGAAUGGUCGUUUUGGUAAUUAUUUGGAUAAGAUCAAACAUUUGGUCAAUGUCAAUGCAAAUCUCCGUCGACAAGUUGACCAAGCCUAUCGAAAGUACAUUGGACAUACCGAAGAAGAACGAGAAGAUGCGCAUUCGAAUCGAAAAUAUCUACAUCCGUGCGAAAGUCAAUUGCUUCAUUUGCGAAAACAGAUCAAUGAGGAAGUACGAGCUCAAACCUUACUACAGAUUCGCUUACAACGAGCCGAUUUCGACAUUGAAUUCUAUCAACACAACAUCAAAGUUUUAACGUCACAUGAUCAGAAACAAUCAGAACAAGUUCAGUAUUUACGGCAACAACUUAACGUGAAUUUACAAGAUCUAGAACACCUCAAACGACAGUACGAGAGGCAGGAACAAGAUUUAAACACUUACAAAUCUCAAUAUAAGGAAUAUACGGAAAAACUAAUGAAGUUCUCGAAUGAAUACGAUACGAUUGCGUAUGAACGAAUGGAAAAUGAGAAUAUUCUAUGCACACUCCGAGAGCAAUAUUCAUUCGAAAAAGAAUUCUAUCAUCGGCGUCAAGAAGAAUUCGAAUAUCUAGAAAAAUUUCAAUACGAUUUCGAUAAACAAUUCAAUAAAACAGAAUUGCAUCAAACUGUUCAACAAAUUCGUCAAGAUUAUCAAGAGUUUAAUCGGAUUCGUUUAAGUGAAUUAGAAAAGAUCUAUGAAAGUAAAUUAGAUGUCAUUCGACAAGAAUUUGUCAAACGUCAAGAGCAAAAACACUCGGUUACAUCGAAUGAAACUCAUUUAACUUUAGAAUCAACAAAGAAAGAAUAUCAAACGCUAAUUGAACAAAACCAAUCACUUCAAGAUAAGUUAGAACAACUUCAACAUAAUAUGCACGAUAUUAUCGAACAAAAUAAACAAAGAUAUGAACUUUCGGAUCGGGAAUAUAAACAAUUGCAGGUCGACAUACCUGCCUUAGAUUCAAUCGUUGUUCAUCUACGAGAAAAUGCCGUAAAUCUUUCGGCAGAAAUCAAUACUUAUAAAUACCUAUUAGUUAAUUUAUUUUCUACAACGAAAGAAAAGUCUUCGUCACCUUCUCACCCUCGUGCUCCUGUCCUCGCGCCACCUAUAAGUAAACCGGUACCAAGCGAAAAACAAACGACCACAUCGACAACGACGGAAGCUAUUCCUACUGUGAAGAAAAUCACGACAACGGUGGCGACCAAAGCGAGAUCAACCCCUCGACAAUAUCGUGAUGAAACAACUGGUUUCGUCGUACAUAUUGAGGACGGAAUUAUUUGGGUACGAAUAUAA